AUGUCAUCCCCUCAGCGUUCUCCCAAGCAUGGCGCCCCUAGACUGCCUCGGCGUGUAGCUAGCUUCCCUACCAUUUCUGAGGAUUCUGCGGAGAAUCAGCCAGACACAGACAGCUCACACACGCUUCGCACUCGCGAACGACUCACAUCAAUUGCGCGUAUUCUCCUCUCGGGAACAGACGGCUCAGGGUCACUAGCAGACAACGAAAACAAUCUCACUGCUGGGCCCACUAACGUAUACGACAAAUCACCCCCUCAUUCACCGAUCCAACGACCAAACGCGCUUGGACUCCUAACUGCUGGAAGUGGUCCCACACAUAAAAGGGUCCAGUCAGCGAUGUCAGAAACUCCAAUGCAGAAAACUUCUUCCCCAACAAACACUCCUAAGCGAGUUUCUUUCGAGUCAACUCGCCCCGCGGAAGUUGCGCAGACAACUACAACUCCCGCGUCAAGCAUCCCAGCGAACACGCAAAGGCAGAAUCAAGAACGUUCUCCUACCCGCAGCGUAUCUCCCCGUCGCUUCUGGCCUAUCUCCCGUUCCCACUCCCAUGAUGAUGCGUUCGUACCUGUAGACCCCUAUCAGUUCGACCGUGAUUGCGAGCACCAUGGUUUGACAAAAAGAAUCACCUUCUAUAUUGAUCGUUUUUUCCGCCAACUCUAUCUGCUGCUGCUGUUCCGUCUACCAUCCGUUUACUUUGGAAGAGUUCGCCGAGUAUUUGAAUACGCUGAGAUAAGCAAGCCAGAGCUAAAGAGGAUGGUUGAGUUGGGGGGGUCUUCGUUCCUUAAAGAAAGAAAUUGGCAUCCCAACAACGUUCCACCAGCCUUGAUUCGCUUUAAAGAAGCUUGGGAAGACUUUGUAGAUUCUAUAUUGAAAGAGGAUAAAACUUUGAACGUAGUUUCAGCUCUUCUGCUUUCAGCAAUUUUGACAAUAUUUCAGACUGAUGCGUCAGAUGAACCAAUCACACGAACGGCUGCACUUGUUUCCUUGAUCAGCGCUAUGUGGAGCCUGAUGUUGGGAUGUAUAUUCAUUCUUCGUUUUCAGACGAUGCGUUCUAUGAGGAACGCUAGCCAAUGGGCGGAAGCAGCUGAAGGAACAACAGCUUCCAUCAUUUGGAACGUCUGGGUCUUUCUCUCCAUGCCAGCGGUGUUUCUUUGCUGGUCUCUCGUUAGCUUCAUUAUCUCUAUUCUCGCAUUUGUGUGGACCUCAGGCACUGUCAACCCUCCAUCGUCCAUAUCAUCCACUGCUGCGAUCGGUCCUCGCAUCUUUGUCACUUUCACAUUCGUCCUCGGUUUAGUCUACUUCGCGACGGCCAUUCGGACGUUCAAAAGCUACACUGACUCAACAGAAGCAAGCGAAGCUUCCCGAGCAGUGAUCGAAGGGAGGGAUCGAAGAGCAUGGAGCCCCAGGAUUAGGGUCCUAAGGAAUAGACCAGAAGAUGACUUGGAGAAAGGAUUGGGAUCGUUGGAGGUCGGGCAAGCAAAAAAGAACAUUCAUGGUGCGAAUGGAGUGAAUGCCGGUACACAUGAGUCUGGAACUGGCUGGGAUGAGAUUCUAUCUCCAACGGGGACGAUGAACGCGAGAGGCAGAGCGCCGAGAGAUGUGGUGUCUCCAAAGAUGUUUCUUGCUGGUCCCUUUCCGCGUGCGGAGAUUGCCGAGGACAAGAUUCCGAAUAAGGGCCUGAACGUUCCCCUUACCGAACACUUUUCAGUCGAUUACGAUGCAGACCUUCUCCCAACCGUUUUUCAACUUUUGGGUGGCCCCGAUACAAAACCCAUGGAGAUCAUGAAAGUGCUCGAUCUCGCCCAAGCCGUGAUUGAACACUUGGUCAACAAUCUUCGUUUUGCUGCAGUUUCAAAUGUGACCUACCUGAUGGAACGGCUCACAUACUUGGCCGCGCAUCGCACGAGCAGUUCUUCUACUGUGGGGCGUCAGUAUCUUAUCCCCAUUCAUCCAGGACCCAAGUCAGGCGGAAUGUCUCUUUUUUUCAAUGCUCUGGGAAUCGCUUCCAAAAACAUGCCAGCUCAGCCUGAUUCAGAUUAUGGAAACGCUGGUUUGGUUUAUUCCAGAUUGUCAAAAUAUGAGUACGUACCACACGAGACGCACUGGGGGAAGAGUUUCGACAAUUAUGUGGCGGGGGAUUGGUCAUUGGAGACUACUGCAAAACUGGUCGAUGCGCUCAAUUCGUAUCUGAGCACAAAGAAUAUCCCGGACUUUGGACGAAGACCCGAUGCAUUAAUGAGGAUGCGUAUAACCGUUCUUUGUUGCAUACAGCGUGGCUUCCAAUACAUGCUCUUCUUCGUUGAGGAUAGACACGAAUCUUCCAUUCGUAUCAAUGUCGAUCUUGGGCUACGCCGCUUUAUUGAUUUGCUGAGCACAUGGCCACCUGCCAGUCCCAGCAGUCCAGGAGCAUUUGACGAAAAUUGA